AUGUGCUCAGCCGACAUCUUUCUCGGCGUUCUCGCCAUCCUCUUCCCUCCUCUGCCAGUCUGGGUCAAGCGCGGCAUCUGCAGCGCCGACUCCCUCAUCAACAUCCUCCUCUGCCUCCUCGGCUUCAUCCCCGGCCUGCUGCACGCCUGGUACAUCAUCGCCAAGUUCCCCGAGCCGCCCUACGAGUACGAGACGCUGAACCAGGACGGCGAGGGCGGCUGCGGCCGCGUCCAGUACAUCUACGUCCAGUCGCCCAAUGGCCAGCACCAGCCCCAGCCCCAGCCCCAGCAGCACGGUGGCAUGAACUACGGCGGCACCGGCCACAACAACGCCUCCCGCCAGCAGCAGCACCAGCAGCAGGGCGUGACGGCGCCGAACAACGGCGCAGGACGCUCCGACGCCGCCCAGACCCCUCCCACGUAUGCGGCCGCCGUCGCCGGAGACCACAAGGUUCAAUCGCACGAUUAG